UUCAGGUUCUAAAAAUGAUAAAAUAUCCUAGUUGAAGGGAGGAAUCUAAACUUGGUAACAGGAUGAUCAUUCAUCAUGUUCAGGUUUGAAGAAACCGUUUUCAUUUCUAUUGUUGGAUCAUGUUCAGCUCUUGGUCUCGGUAGACGGAUUUCAGGAGGAGGAGAAGGGCAUGAUAAGACUGGAAGGUAUGAGGAGAAGGUUGUAACCCAUGAUCCUGUUUGCAUCAUCAUCAUCUCCGUCCUCUCAGCAAUCCUCUUCUCCCUUGCGUUAUAUAAGAUAGUCCAACUCUGCACACGACUUUUCAGGAUUGAAGAAAACUCCUGUUCCUGUUUGCAGGAGGAUAUUUGGACUCUAUCCAAACCUGAUCUUGGAUACAUCAAACGUGACCAAGUGGAUAUAAAGACUCUACAUAAACAUGUAAUUGGACAUUCUAAAUCUGUAGAUGAAUAUUCUAAAUCUGUAGAUGGAUAUUCUAACCUUGUAGAUGGACAUUCCAACCCUGCCUUAUCUCUCACGCUUCUCAAUCUAAAUCUUACAAACUGUUCUUGUUAUAAGUUCUCUCCAACCUCAUAUCCAACAUCUAGCAACCUUCUCCCAUCCUCCUCUUUUUCUUCUCACCCAUCCUCCCUCAGCCUUUUCCCAUCCUCUCCUUCCACUCGUCCGACCUCGCUCAGCCUUUUCCCGUCCUUCUCUCCAUCUUCCGAACCUGAUCUACCCUUUGAUCUAUCGAAAGCUGAGCAAUUGGAAAAAGUUUCAACAUUAAUCGAUGAAAAUUGAUUUUAAUCUAUUUUAAACAAUUCAGCUGAAUAACGAGGAAAAUUGAUUCCCAAAAUUAAUCCAAUCGAUUAAAUACAUCAUGCUCAAGA